AUGAAGAUCAAAACCCUCUCUUUCGGCCUUGCAUCAGCUUCACUGCUGUUUGCAUUGGUCCCAGGUACCCAAGCUCGUGGUCUUCCAAGCUGGCUCAAGGCCGAGCGUCAUGAGAUCGAGGAUCUCAAGAACGCACCUCGCGCCUACAAGGUCUACGAUCGAGAGUACGAAUACGGUGGGGGCUACUCAGAGCCUUCCUCUGGACCUCUCCCAACAGUCAAGCCAACCUCGUUGUCGUCUACUGUAUCCACUACGUCGGAUUCUGGUGAAGUGACUUCCGCCAAGUCGUACACUGCUCCCGUCUCCGAGACCUCGACUGCGGACGGACUGUUCAACAGUGCGACUUCAUCCCCCAGCUUGUAUUCGCCUCCAAUCUUGAGCACUGGGUCAUCCUCGCCAACCUCGAUCAGCUCUGGCAAAACCCUCUCCACGGUCAGCGACCCGGCCACUUCAAGUUCAUCGGCCUCCUUGCCAACGAUCCCGUCGGCUCCUUCCACCACGGCCAAGCCCCUGAAGUGUAACAGGAACAAUUGCCUCCGUGCAUUCGUCAAGUCAUCGUCCCUCGUAGGGCCGUUCUGUGCCACAUAUACCCAGACCAUCAACACGGCUACAACUGGCCUUCCGGCGUUUGUCGCCGCCAAGUGCAAGGAUAGUCCAUCUGCUGUUUCGUCUGCCUGCUCUUGCCUUGGGGGGUCGCCCUCAACCUCAUCUGUGCCUACAUCGCCUAUCUCCUCGUUGGCAAGUGCAUCAUCAACAGCAGAAGGCUCGCUCAUAUCGGGCUCCAGCAGCACUCAGGCCACAUCAUCUCCUGCGUCAAGCUACAGCCCUCCUUCAACCUCGUCUGUCAGUUCUGUCGAGAGCUCAUCCACGACGAGUGAAGAAGAGAGCACCACCCAGGUGACAAUUCAGACCACUCAGAGCGUCACCGUGAUUACCACCGCCCCCUUGGGUACGGCGUCAUCGGGGAUUGUUCCAUCGGCAUCGAGCUCGGCUCUCUACACCAACACCUCAAUACCUGAUGUAUCGAGCACCUUCACAGAAGGAACCGCCACUUCAACCGCAUCACCCAUAGUCAUUACUUCUAUUCCGGUAGGUACAGGAUCCUCUGGAAUCAUUCCGUCUGCGUCGAGCUCGGCUCCCUAUACCAACACGUCGACACCUGAUGUCUCGAGCACCCUGACAGAAGGCACUGCGAGCUCGACAGAUUCGGUUCCCGUCACUACAUCGAUCCCAUACUAUGGAGGCGGCUCUUCUGGGUUUCUGCCGUCUUCGUCGAGCUCAUCCGGCGUGUACACAAACACAUCAACCGAUGUCUCCAGCAGCCUGAAUGGCGGUAUCGCGACUACGACCCCUUCGCUCAGCCCGAGUAGCUCGUACAUCCCUCCAACGGCUCCAUAUUAUACCACUAAUACCUCAACAUUCGUUGGGCCUACUGGAACUGCCUAUUCAAGCGAAUUUUCCAGUACCCUCACAGGUGGAAUCCCAACCUCAGUUCCUUCGCUCAGCCCUAGCGGCUCGUCGGUUUCUGGUACGGCCCCGUAUGGAUACAGCAACUCCUCGGUCUCUGCUGGGCCUACGGGGCCAACUGGGACAUCCUUCCCAGUGACUAAUGAGGUUUCAAGCAGUCUGACUGGAGGUGUUGCAACUUCAAGCCCUUCAAUGAGCGUGAGCGUUUCCUCCGCUCCUGCUACGGCCCCGUACUACAACGGAAGCUCGAGUUCACUUACUGGUCCUACCGCACCCUUGUACACUGCACCCAUCAGCACGGGUUACUCGCUUCCGACAUCUUCAAGCUCAUCCGUCUUGUAUACGGAUACUUCAACAGCCGAUGGAGAGUUUACCUCAAGUGUCAGCGGAUCCAUCCCAACACCAGUGUCAUCUUCAGGUGGUCCUUAUCAGUACCCAAAUACCACCUCCUCCAACGGACCAACAGCCGGAACAGGAAAUUCGAUCUUCCCCACUGGAACCGGCCCUUACACAUCAGUGCCUCUGUCCACCGGUAUUUCUGAUUCUACUAUUUCCGGCGGUAUUGUCUCCUCAACCGACUCCUCGGUACCACCGUUUCCGACAAACAAUUCCACUAACGAAUACACACCGCCCUCAACAGGUACCAUCCCUUUCCUGACUUCGUCACUCACAGUGAUCCUACCGCCUCUCAGCACAGGCAUCUCCGAGUCUUCUGUUUCCGGUGGUAUCGUUUCUUCAACCGACUCCUCGACACCACCCUUUCCCACAAACAAUUCCACUGGGCCCUCGACCUCGGCAAUCUCAGGAGGAUUUCCUUCCUUCACCCCCUCUGGAACAGGAAGCUUUCCUUCGGAAACCAGCUCCGCGGUUGGCGUUGUGACUACUUCGCUACCCCCUCCUUACGCAAUCCCAACCAACUCAACCUCAGUAUAUGGACCAACAGGUACAGGUAGCUAUGAUUCAUCAACCAGCUCUGCUAUUGGUAUUGUCACGUCGUCUUCAUCCGCUCCUUACGGAGUACCAUCCAACUCGACACUCUCCUACGGACCAACCGGAACUGGAAGCUUAACUUCAGAAACCAGCUCCGCGAUUGGUGUUGUAACAACAUCAUUGCCUCCUCCAUACGGAUUUCCCACCAACUCGACCUCGGCAUCUGAAUCCUCAACCGCGACUGUUCCAUUCCCAAUCUCCGAUUCGACGUCCUUGGCUGCGCCCACGGGCACUGCACCCCCUUCCCUCACAUACCCUCCCCCGCAAACUACCAGUAGUGCUCCGUAUGGCUGGAAUAACUCUUCUUCGACAGCCUUCGGAGUUACCGGUUCGGGGUCGCUCCCGAGCGUCUACACGACAUCGACGACCUACCUGUCAAGCAAUAGUACUUCAUGCACAUUGAAGUACAGCACGGUGUCUUCUAUUCCUUCUGAUUUCUCAUCAACAGUUGAUGGUGCCUUUACCACCUCAUCUGUGCCAACCACUUUCGCAAGUUCCACUGCCACCGGUGGCUCUGGAGGCCCGACCACGACCAGCAGUGAUUCCAUCCCUGAAUACACUCCCCCUGGCUACUCCUAUGGUCCAGUCCUGCCUCCAAGCUCGACUCCAUAUGGACAAGCCCCUCCAUCUUAUGGAGGCUACAGCUAUGGUGGCGUCCCCAGACGCAACGUCGGUCGCCGAUGGCUCUGGUAA